CGGGUGGUGACUCCUCGGCUUCUGAGGUGGAGGGCGGCGCCCGGGACCCUGGUGGGAGAGUGUAGACGCGGGGAGGAGGGGCAGGAGGCGGUGGUGGGCGGCGCUGGCCGGCGGCCCACAGACCGCGGGGCUCCAGCGCGUGGAGCAGGGAAAACGGGGAGAGCUCAGAGGCUGAGCGCCCUUGGGGGCGGGCACCUGGCUUCUGCACCCGACCAUGGCGAGCCCGCGACCAUCUGCACCGGUGUUCCUGCUGCUGCUGUUGCCGCUGCUGUUCGGAGCAGGGGACCCUCUCCCCAAAGAGAGUCGGCUCAUGAACAGCUGUAUCCAGGCCAGGAGGAAGUGCCAGGCUGAUUCCAUCUGCAGCGCUGCCUACUACCACUUGAGUUCCUGCACCUCUAAUAUAAGUACCCCCAUGUCCCUAGAUGGGCCAUCAGUCCCUGAGGACUGCCUGGAGGCGGCACAGAAUCUCAGGAAUAGCUCUCUGAUGAGCUGUACUUGCCACCGGCGCAUGAAGAAUCAAGCUGCUUGUUUGGACAUCUACUGGACAGUUCACCCUGCCCGUAGCCUUGGUGACUAUGAGCUGGAUGUCUCCCCCUAUGAAGACACAGUGACCAGAAAACCCUGGAAACUGAACCUCAGCAAACUGGACAUACUCAGACCAGACUCGGACCUUUGCCUCAAGUUUGCCAUGCUGUGCACUCUUAAUGACAAGUGUGAGCGGCUGCGCAAGGCCUUUGGGGAGGCGUGCUCAGAAUCCCACUGCCAGCGCCAGGCUUGCUUGCGGCAAUUACGUGCUUUCUUCGAGAAGGCGCCGCUACACCUGGCAGAGGGCCUGCUGCUGUGCCCCUGUGCAUCCGCUGACCAGGAUUGCGGCCUGCGCAGGCACAACACCAUUGGUCCCGGCUGCGCACUGCCCUCUAGGACCACCAACUGCCUAGAGCUGCGGAGUCUCUGUCUCUCCGACCCGCUGUGCAGGUCACGCCUAGCAGAUUUUCAGACCCAUUGCCAUCCCAUGGACAUCCUAGGCACCUGUGCAACAGAGCCAUCCAGGUGUCUCCAGGCAUACAUGGGACUGAUUGGAACUGCUAUGACCCCCAACUUUGUCAGCACUGUCAACAUCAGUGUUGCAUUAAGCUGCACCUGCCGAGGUAGUGGCAACCUGCAAGAGGAGUGUGAGCAGCUAGAAGAAUCCUUCUCCCAUAAUCCCUGCCUCAUGGAGGCCAUUGCAGAUAAGAUGCGUUAUCACAGCCACCUCUUUUCCCAAGAUUUAGCAGACUCUACCUUUUCUAUGAUGGAACAGCAGAAUACAACCCCUGAUGUGGGAUCACAGUCCUGUGUGCCCUCUCUUUUCUCCUGCAUACUCAGCUUGAUUCUACUCCUGAGCCUCUGGUAACUGAAUUUCCCCAGGACCUUCUUCCACUCAGGCACAAUCAGCCUGACCUACAGUUUGCCGCGGGUGAGGAGAGGCCAGCAUCAAGAAGGAGGUAUAAUGCUCAGCCUGGAAAUGCUGUUCCCAGCCCACACAUCCACUGACUUUAUACGGGGCCACAAUAGAAGUUGACUGACUAUGUUCUCAUUCCCUCUGCUCCAUUCUCCACUUCUGGUCCAGGCUGCUGAUUUCUGCUUAGGACUUGGUGACCACAUUUUAUUCAUGUCUUCUUGGGUGAUAACCAGCUCUCUCAAGCUUGCUCCUAAUCCCUUUCUCGUACCCACCAGGAUAACCAGGUUCUAAUAAGCCAUUCUCUAUUUCAUUCUCCUGGUAGGCAGGUCUGGGUAUUCUGAGGCAGCCUCCAAAGACAUUCCCCAUUGUGAGGAAGACUAGAACAAGACUGUAGUCCCUUUGUCUCCUCUGAAUGAGGGUGGAGGAGGUGGGAGAAUCUCCUUCCUGCCCUGCUCUGGGAUCCUGAACAGUAUUUGAGUGUAUAUCAUAGGAGCUAGAGUACUUUAGCCUUCCCUUUUCUUGCUACUGUCCCCCAGCCACAUGGAUCAUGAUUAAACAUACUGACUUAAAACUUUUGCUUUUUUUCAAUUUUCUCACAUUGUGAACUUGUGCAGAACUAGAAUAGUUACAGACAGAAGAACACAGGCCAAGUAAUCAAGAAACAGCAAUCUUUCCAUCAACUGCUGUAUGACCUCAGGCAAGUCUCUCCUUCUCUCUGUGUACUUGGUAUGGAGAUGGAAUUAAAAAUAGUUAUGCGAGGGGGCUGGGUGGUAGCACAGCAGGUUAAGCACACCGGAGUAAGGAUCCUGGUUCCAGCCCCCAGCUCCCCAACUGCAGGGAGGUCGUUUCACAAGAAGUGAAGCAGGUCUGCAGGUGUCUAUCUUUCUCUUCCCCCUCUAUCUUCCCCUCCUCUCUCAAUUUCUCUCUGUCCUAUCCAGCAACAACAACAGCUACAACAACAAAAACAAUAACCACAGCAAGGACAACAAAAAUGGGAAAAAUAGCCUCCAGGAGCAGUGGAU